AUGGCUUUGACCAACGUCCAGAAGAUUCUGUUCCGCGCCCCGCAGUCCGCUCGGCACAUCACAGGCAGGGCUCUGCAAGCGUCCCUGGGACCUCGACCUCAGAAACCCGCACCGUUCCCGUACAAAGAGAAGGACUACACGUUGCUCAGGAGUAUGUUCGACAAGACGACGUCGCGUUUCGACGAGAACAGCAAGCUGAUCGUUCUCGAGGGACCUGUCGGAGUCGGUAAAACAGCGGUUGGACAUCAGCUUGCUGACUUAUUAGGUAUGCAUUUUAUGCCGGACAUCACAAUGGACGCUUACUACAUAAACGACUAUGGUUACGAUAUGCGAAAACUAGACCCUCAACUGCCGGUCAAUUGUCGUAGUUUCGACGAGCGUAAUUUUCUCGAAAACCCGGAACACUUUAAUGCAGCUUCGUUUCAAAUAAUCAAAUACAAGUUGCGUUAUGCUCAUUACAUUGAUGCCAUUGCACACUUGUUAAACACUGGAGAAGGUGUAAUUAUUGAACGCAGUCCGUACAGUGACUUUGCGUUUGUAGAAGCAAUGUAUAAAUGCAAGUAUAUGAGUAAAGCAGCACGUGAAAUGUACUAUAUACUAUACAAGCACGCUAUGCCUGAUUUGCUGCAUCCUCAUUUGGUUGUCUACUUGGAUGCACCAGUACCAAGAUUGUUAGAACUUGUAAAAGAAAGAAAACUACCUCAUGAAGUAAAUUCUAAGGCGAUGAAUACUAAGUAUUUAGAAACUAUGGACAGCGAAUUGAAAUAUAAAUUUUUAAGGGAAAUCAGCAACCGAUCUGAGGUAUUAGUUUAUGAUUGGUCAGAAGGUGGUGAUGCAGAAGUAAUCGUAGAAGAUUUAGAACGUUUAGAUAUUGACAAUUAUGAUGAGAAUGAUCCGAAGAUACAAGAUUGGAGUUAUUCGAGAGAACAAUACUGGGCUGAUGUACGAAUGAAAUAUACCAAUGAUAAAGAAGAAUUAAUUUCUAAUUUUAACGUUCCUCUGGUUGAUGCUCCAGAACUUCUUAUACCCGGCGAAGAAUGUGAAAUUCUUACCCAUGCUUGGUUCAAAGCCGAAGGAAAUACACAUGCAGAUGGCUAUGAUCCGAAAUACCACAGCUUUACAGAAAUAUUAUUCAAAAACAAGUCUAAGAAAGGGUGGAGUCCGAUAUCAUAA